UAUCCAAACUUUGAGCUGCCCCCUGGUGUUCAGGAGGGCCAUGACAGGAAGAGAAAUAAUUAACUCAGCUUUGGUAUCAACCGGAGACCUGAGGGGUCUGGAGGACAUGAAGGAACAAAGUAAUCUGAAAACUAAGGCUGGACUAGUAUUAUUAUAGCACUUUAAUACAGACAGGUAGCGAAUGAAGGGAAUUUAAAGACUGUUGUGACUCUUAGGGCAAAUCAGGGCUAGCCGUUAGCCUCAAGUUAGCUGUAAGUUUCUCGCUCGGCUUCUCUGUGCUAAUAACACACACACACACACACACACCCCCACCCACCCACGCACACACACACCCACACACACACGAUGCAGUGUAAGCAGGUGGCAGUAAUAAUGACCAGUUCAUAAAUGAAACAAAGCGUUGAAUAAAAUAUUUUUGCCUUCAGGUUGAUAUUUCUGUAAAUUACUGAAUGAGUCAGCCUGGGAAUUGUUUUAUGUCAACUUUUUAAAUAUAGCAUGUUGAUGCUAGCUUUUGUUAACACCACAAUCAUCUGCGGAGUAACAUUUUCUGUUGUUUCCCAGAAAAAAAAUAUGCAUCUCUUAAUACCAUUUCACAUCUUAUGGUGUCUGCUCGAAGAUUUUGUUAACAAAACUAUAUUGGAGUAAUCUGGAGUGUUGUUGUUGCAUUGGCUUGCUUUUCUAGAUGGGAACAAUAUUUAAAACAAGAAUUGGACCAAAAAUGAUGCAUUUUUUUUAAAAAAUAUUUCAUUUUAAAAUUCAGACCAAUUUAACGUUUGCACAAUUUGUCACCUUAAAACUACCGUGCGUUUUAUUAGGAUAUUAUGUAGUAGACCAGAUGCCUAGUACAUAGUCAUAAAGUAAAAUGAAAAGUAUAAAUGGUGUUCAACGUUUUUUGCAUCUUAAAACUGGAAAAGUUAAAAUGGUUUCAGAUAAAUCUCUGUGCAAAAUGUUAACCUACAGAGGUGCAAAGAUGGUAGAGAUAUAAAUCAACAGAAUUGUGGAUGUAACUUAGUGAGGGGUGUUGAAUUACAAUAGAUACUUUUCAGAUUUUUAAUUGUGAAAAGGUUUGAAAACGAUCUAAAGAAUGUCUUCUACUGCACAAUUCUUUUUGUUGAUCUACUGCAUACAAUCUCAAUAAAAUACAGAAUUAUGUGGUUAUAGCAUGAAAAAUAUGAAACAAAAUGUGUACAUUUAUCCACAUAAAAAAACAAACAGGUAUUCAUCUUACUGACUGACCUAUUCAAAUAGAGGAUACACAUAGAUAGAGGUUGCUGUUAGCUGUCAUUGCAAGCGCUAUUUUAUAUUUCUAAAAAUGUUAGAAUUUUAUUAGUUUAUUCCUGUUACAUUUUCCCCCACUGACUGUGUUGUCAGUCAGGGAAUCGUCAAUUGUCUCAGUUUUCUCUGUUUGGCUCCUGUGCAGUUCGUGCUGCCACAUGUAAAAGAUGGAGAUCCUGGAGAACAUGGGCGAGGGAGCCAUGGAGACGGAGGGGUCCGCCGUCAUGGCAACCCUUCUCAACGGCAGCUUGGAUGGCUCUGCAAACUUCACCAACCUCACCUUCUUCCCCUACUACCAACACUCCCUGUACGUAGCGGCCAGCUACAUCCUGGCCUACUCCUUCAUCUUCCUGCUGUGCAUGGUGGGAAACGUCCUGGUGUGUCUGAUCGUCAUGGAGAACCGAUGCAUGCGCACAGUGACCAACCUCUUCAUCCUCAACCUGGCGCUCAGCGACCUCCUCGUGGGGAUCUUCUGCAUCCCUACAACUCUGGUGGACAACCUCAUCACGGGAUGGCCAUUCUCCAACACAGUGUGCAAGAUGAGUGGGUUUGUGCAGGGCGUGUCCGUGUCAGCCUCGGUAUUCACCCUGGUAGCAAUUGCCAUUGAAAGGUUCCGUUGCAUUGUGUAUCCUCUCCAGCCCAAGCUGACUCUGCUCGUUGCCAAGGUAGCCAUUGUGUCCAUCUGGGUGUUAGCCGUGGCUAUUAUGUGUCCCGCGGCAAUAGCACUGACUGUGGAGAAAGUCCCUUUCCAUUACAUGGUCUACAAUGACGACUUCAAUCACACGCUGCCCCUUUACACCUGCUAUGAAAACUUUGCCAAUCCCCACAUGAGAAAGGUCUACACGGCGGUUCUCUUCGCCCACAUCUACCUGGUUCCCCUCACCGUCAUCACGCUGAUGUACGUGAGCAUCGGCGUCAAACUCUGCUCCUCCGCAGUCGCAAACCGAGAGCCCCAGUUGGGCAACAUCACGGUCCAGGCGGGAGGCAGGAGACACGCUCAGCAAGUGGUAUCCCAGAAAAAGAUCAAGGUCAUAAAGAUGCUCAUCAUGGUGGCGUUGCUGUUCAUGCUGUCCUGGUUGCCCCUCUGGACCCUCAUGAUGAUGGCGGACUAUGGUGGACUGGACAGGGACCAGCUGGACCUCCUCACCAGCUACAUCUUCCCCUUCGCCCACUGGUUGGCCUUCUCCAACUCCAGCGUCAAUCCCAUCGUCUACGGCUACUACAAUAAGAACUUCAAGAGGGGCUUUCAGGCGGUGUGCAAGACGAAGCCCUUCUGCUGCGUCGCCCGGCUGCAGUGCAGAAUGCCUCAAUGGGGACGGAGAGGAAGAUCUGCACAAGCGCUGUCGGAAGGGACCGAACUGAGAGAUGGCAGCAACAACCACAGCAACUUUCUGUUGGGACUAAGAAACCGCGUUCACAAUGACAACAAACUGAGCGAAACGCCAGAAAUAAACAGGAGCUCGAGAAUGGGGUGUAUGGUGGUCCACAAAGGCAGAAGUCUCUCUGAUCAGGGGAUAGAAAUGGUAGCCAUACAUAAGAAAAGCAGUAAUGACGAAGGCUCCGAGAAGGUCAGCUCACUAGCGGUUUCAGUGUAUCAGGCAUGGGAUAACUAAGGAAUGCCUGGAACAAAAUAUGAAUCAAACAAAGCCAUAACACAGUGCAUUGGUAAAGACAACGUCAUUAUUAGGACUCUCACUCAAAACCCACAAACCCUGGAUCAAGUCUAAACUUUCCAGUUAAAGCUGCAGUAUAUAUAAAAAAAAUGCUUUUUAUAUAUUUGUUAAAAGUUUAAGAUAGCUAAUCUGUGAAAAAAAUCAAACUCCUCUGCCUUCUCAGUUCUCUGCGGUAACUACAGAAAUACAACACUCAAUCAUAAACAACCAAUCAGAGCCAGGAGGAGGGUCUUAUGGCGCGUUCACACCAAACGCGUUUUGAGCGUCAGGCGCAUCUGGUUUACAUUCAAAGUCUAUGUGGAGGCGCGAUAUCGAGCGUCUAGCGCGGCACAAUUUGAACCAUUUUGAGAGUUUGACACGUCGAGCUCAUCCAACGCGGCCAACGCACCACCUAGACUUUAAACGUAAACCAGACCUGACGCUCAAAAGACGUUUGGCGCAAACGCACCAAAAGUGCACACUCGUCGAACUUGAAGCGUCAGACGCGUUUUUGAUGCACUCAGUGCGUUUCGUGUGAACGCGCCACUAGUGCUGUCUAUCAGUUUUAACAAAUAUUUUUGUAAAAGGUACAGCGUUAAGUCGUUUCAGCUGAAUAUUGCUGCCUCUUUGCAGGCAUGGUGGAAUUAAGGGGUAAAAUACUCCAUUGUGGGUAUUGUAAGCAAAUGCCUGUAGAAGAAUGCAAUCUUGAAUAAAACCCAGAUCAAACUAUCAGACGUAUGAGGAGACAACAAGGCGACUGGUCGGACCUGAAAUCAUCAACUACUUCAAAUGGAAACACAGACUAAACAUACAUUUAUGUAGGUCUGAGAUAUUCUUAGCCGCCAUAUUGUCAAGUACGUUUCGGCUUGGCUACAAAGAGCCUUCGAGAAGAACCGCAGAACCUUUGAGGCUCUUGUAUGAAAGUAAUUUUAAAGAAAAUGUGCGCAUAUUAAACAUUACACAACCUGUCCCCCAGUCUGCUUAAUGGACACAAAAUGACUAUUAAAAGCAUUAAAGGUGACCUUAAGAUGCACUGUAGUCAGUGCAAAAAGAGCCUCAUCACACUGCCACUAUAAUUUAUAUCAAUUAAUGCUCCCUCUCCAUUCAUGUAUAUUGAAGCUCAGCAUCAGCCUGACCUGUACAUUAUAAAAACAGAGCAUUUACGUUCUCGUUUCAGCUGCCAUGCCUUCCUUUCUUCUCUGACAGCUGCUUUACAGCCAUUUUGUUUGCUGUUCUUUUAUUUUCAACCGGUACGUUAAGCUCAGCUUGUUCUCUGUCGUGAAAAAAUGUCAGAUCCUGCAACAUAAAACAGCUAGCAUUCACUGAAAAAUGUGCCUCUAAAGAAAAUAAAACUACCUCUGUUUGUAAAUGCACAAAAGUCAGUGAAAGCUGCUUUCAUACACAAUUAAGAACUCAAAAAAAAAACUGUUAGUCGACUACCUCAACUCACGCCAGGGUAAUUUGUAUAUAAACUGAAUCAUCAAGCUAGUUUAGCACCACCAACUUCAAUUUUUGAAAUUAAAAAAAAAUCUAAGUUCCAUUGAAAAUAAAUCAGAAAAUCCUUGCUGAUCAUAAGUACUUUACAUAAUGUAAUGUUACAUAAGCCUCCGCCUUAACUCUGAGCUACUCUGACUUAAACAAAGCUUGAAUCCCAAAAUAAGAUAAACUUCAUCUCAUUUAAAUAACGAAAAACAUUGCUUUAGGUUGAAUAAAUAUUGUUCUAUUGUUACUGCUGUCCUUUCUGAAGUUUUCCACAAGUAAUUCAGUGCCAAACUGGAGUAAGUGAUCCCUUAACUGCAGUAUGAAUACGUGUAAGAAUCUGUGCCACGAACGUUGACAUUUUGUUUCAGUCUGGAUGCAGUGACUGCCUUUGAGUUCACCCUUUCAAUUGAAUAAGUUAGCUAAUAUUUAUUUGACCACUGGGGGGCAGUGGUCAUAGCUUGUGUGUGUGCAGAGUAUCAAACUUUAAUCCAGAUGGUCGUAAGACAGAAAGAAGGAAAGAAACAAAGAAAAAAUGCAGAAAGUAACUUCAUCAGUCUGUAACAGAUUACUGUAAAUUUCACACCACACCAAAACUCCCACAAAAUACUAAACAGUGGUGGAUCAUCAGCAGCUGCAAUUCCAUUGACCAGAAUAUUGCACGAUUUGACAAUUCGAAAAUAAAAUUAGCUUAAUGGGAACACGGCAAUU